CGCGUGGUCCGGGCUGCCGACGUGGCGCGCGAGCUUCUUGGCUGGGCGGAAACGGGCUGCGCGCGCUGUCAGAGAGACACCGGGGCAUCAUGUCACAAGAAGAUGCAGUGGGCGACACAGGCGUACCCCCUGACCCCCCUGUUUUUAAAACACCUUCAGACGAAAACGCUCCUGCAGUUGCAGACAAAACAGACGAGCCAUUUUCCAGUCCUUCGCUCUCAUUGGACGCACAGGAGCAUGAGCCGACCAAAGAGGGUGCAGAAAAAUGUGCUCCAGUCAGCCAGGUCACAGAGCCACCGCAGGACCGGUCAGAGGAACGCGGCUGCGAUCAGGUGACCGAGUGCAGCGAAACAGUGAGCUUGGAGCCGGAGGCUGCGGAAGGGGAGCUGGAGCCCUCAGAGCAGCCCACAUCUAAAAGUUGGGGUGGUUGGGGAUCCUGGGGAAAGUCUUUGUUGACGACUGCCACCUCCACAGUAGGUCAGGGGUUAAGCUCAGUUCGGGAGAAAGCAGGCGUGGCCUUGCUGAUCCGCAGCACGUCAUCAUGCGAGGAAGCUCUGGAGGUUGAAGAACAUCAUGAGGAAGAGGAUGACUCCGUGGCUCAGCCCAUCAGCCCAACCAACAGAGGAGUGUUCUCCUCCAUCACCAGCGCUGUACAAAACACUGGGAAGUCUGUGCUGACCGGAGGACUCGAUGCGCUGGAGUUCAUCGGCAGGAAGACGAUGACCGUGCUGGCGGAGAGCGACCCGGGAUUUAAGAAGACCAAAAUCCUCAUGCAGAGGACCGUCUCGCUCUCGCAGAUGCUGAAGGAAGCCAAAGAGAAGGCGCGCGAGGGGCUGAGCAGCCAGACGGUGUGUGAACCCACGGCUCAUUACGGCAUCCUGUUUGAUGAUUAUCAAGGUCUGUCUCACCUGGAAGCUCUGGAGAUCCUGAGCAACGAGAGCGAGGGGAGGGUUCAGGAUGUUCUGUCCUCCCUCGACGGCGAGCAGUUGGAGCUUCUGAAGAAGGAGCUGAUGGAGAUUAAGGAGAUCUUCGAGGCGAGGGAGGAAGAAGAAGAAGAAGCAGGGGAGGGGACGGAGGAGACGGGUUCAGGGGGAAACGGUGAACUUUAUUCCCAAAUUCGCUCUUUCAGCCCGCUCUCUGCAGAUGGGGAGGAGUUUGUCAGUGUUCUCACGGAGCUGCUCUUUGAACUGCAUGUUGCUGCUACACCAGACAAACUGAACAAGGCCCGAAUAAAGGCGUAUGAUUGGAUAAGAGAGAUGGAGAACCCCGUUACCAAGGAGGAAACGGAGGAAGUGAAAGAAGAGAACUCCGAGUCGCCCCCUACAGGACAGGAGGAUGCAGCCGAAAAACAAGAAGCGGGGACAGAAGAAAUCGAGAAAAACGCAGCGCAAAGCAAGACGGACAAGGUUGAGAGUGUGUAUCAGUGGUCGAUAAGCAGUCUUGCUGAGGUGACCGCUCGGAGUAUAGAGCAGCUCCAUAAAGUGGCGGAGCUCAUCCUGCACGGACAAGACGUGGAGAAACCAGCGAGCCAGCAGGCCAAAAUACUUUCCAGACUGACUUGCGCUAUGUGUAAGGAGGUCGGCUGUCUGACCCGCAGAUUCACAGAUACACUCGUGGCUGUAGGGAGUCGGAGAAAAGCAGAAGAUCUGAAUCCUCUGGUGAACAGCGUGACGCUUGAGGGCUCUAACAGCACGACCUACAUCCACAACGCGUUCCAUCUUCUGCUGCCGGUUCUGCAGAUCUCUCACAUCCAGACCAGCAGAACCUUGGCUAGAACCGAACCCGAACCGGAACCGGAACCAGAACCGGCUCCUACAGACUGACCCGCUCGCCCUACGUGUGAUCUGGAUGUGUGAUUGUGUCUACGCAAAGCCAUGUGUAUGCGUCAGCUUUAUAUUUUCCGGUGAAAUCAUCUACACGCAGAUGCUUAGGAUCAGAUAAAUCAGAGAGAAAAUCAUUCUAGAAGAAUGAAUUAAGUUAUUUUUAACACUAGUGCCAGGUGUAAUGAUCAGAUAUUGUACUAUAAGAUAAAUUUCUGUACAGACGAAUGCGAGCGAAAGUCACUGUUUAACGUGUAACCGAUUUGACGUUUCAUUUUCCUUUACGUUUCACCAUGUUUUUAAUAUAACCAGUAGGUCACACGUCAUUUCAUCAACGCUGUGUGCAUUACCUCGUAUACCACGCCGCUCGUUCUAUCCGCGCGCUCGUUCUAAUACGGUAUUGUUUCUAUAGUGACGGCUUGUACGGGCGGACACGCCCCUCAUAACCUAUGACUGAUAAUAGAUUAAACAAUUUAAAAAUGUGCUAUUUGUUUUGUAAGGUUUAACAUUUACGGAAGGAGUCUCCAGCGUCGGCGCUUCGCGACGACGUAGCUUUCCGCUUUCCGCCGUUUGAGAGUCCUCACGACGGAGGAGUUUUACGCCUUGCGGUUUCUUUGUAACACGACGAGCUGCGCGUUUCGUCUGUUUUGUUUGAAAAUAAUCAACUUCGGUGCGGUAACAGUAACUCCGCUAAAUCACACCACCAUUAAACGGUUUACAUUUACAUACACCCGGACGUGGUAUUUAAUUCAAAACCGCUCAUAAGCAUGGUGGGUUCUAAAGAUGAACCAUGUAGACGUUACGACAUGUUAAACAUCCUUGGUGAAAUCUGUACGCGACGAUUACCAAAGAUCUGUGAUUUACGGUUUUAAGGGUUCGAUGAUUUGUUUAACCACUGGCGUUUCCCAUUUUCAAACCGAAGGCUUCGGCGAGCCCACUUUUACUUUGUAAUCAUAAAGAACGUGUUUACGUUGUAAAGCUAACCAGCUAACUAAAGAACGGUGUAGAUAUUGUUAAUUCGUACCGACUUUUCAAUCCAUGACGGGAUGUUUCAUUCCGAUCCGCGGCAUGCGUUUAUCUGUGACCGAAUCGAUUACUGGUUUAUUUUCGAGAACAAAGAAGUAUGUUUCCUAGCAUCUUAUUCGCUAAAAAUUGACUUAUUUUUGAAUAAUUCACUGAAAGUCGAGUUCAUGUUUAAGUGUUGUUUUGUUAAAUGUAAUUUUGUAACAUUGGAAAAAGAAAAAAAAUCCUAUUUAGACACUGUGCACUACUGUAUAAGAAACUCCAAGAAAAUUCUAUAUUAAAUUCUAUAAACUUUGCCGUUGCCUUACAGAGAAUGAUUCACACAGUCGAUAUUAAUAAAAUAAAACGACCAGAUAUUCAA